AUGGCUUCUGAUGAGCAGCCGAUAACGCAACCUCUGCGUAUUUCUAAGAACAGCACGCCCAUUUCAUCCCCAAUUAAGAGUAACAUUCCUCGUCCGUUGUCUGAGAUUUCAGCUACUGAGCAACGACGAAACUCGCCAAGCUGGAACCCAUCUCCCAAGAUCAUUCAGAAAAUGGGUCUGAACACCGAUUCAUCGCCAUUCCAGUCCUCUCCUCUGGACGGCACCACUUCCCCACGCCUAUUUUGGCAGAACCGUAAUGGUAAUCGCACCGAGAACGAAUUGUAUGGUGGUCGUACUGGCUCUCCAUCGCCGACUAGGCGCUCCUCCAUUGAGCGCUUACAAAAAGCGUCACGCGUCAAGAACAGUACCAUGUUCGCUAGAGAACAGAAGCAGGAGUAUGAUCCGACACGUGUACCAACAAUCGAGCGACCUCUCUCUAAGGUACAAGGCAAUGCUUAUGGUGGUACUGGUGUUUCUCCUUUUCGAGCAAGCCAUGGCCGCUCCGAAAGCCAAACCAGUAUUCCUAUCUAUUCCCCUACCAAGGAUCGACCAGUCCUAGCUCCUGCUGCCCAAACACCGAGCAGAGACCAAGUGUCUCCUAUCAAGUCCUCUAUGUCUGCGAAUCGCUUUAAGAGUAGUCAAGAUUCCCAAGACGACGUCUUUACGGACCUUUCAUCCGAGGAACACGUACUCCCAAGUGGUAAAUUCCUUCAUCGUCAUGCUAAGUCUGUUACAUUCGACGCUGCGCCGCCUCAGGUCAACGAGUACGAGAUGGCCACUCCCGACCUGUCUUCCAUUGGUACAAACUCUCGCGAAGGCAGCUUUGAAGACGACGAGGAUGAUGAAGAUUAUGUCUAUGGACAUUACGCCGGGGAAGAUGGGGAGGGUGCGGAAGACAGUUUUGAUGCGACCCUUGAAGACACGGAUAAGACUCCAGUUGUAGGGCCUGAUGACUGGCGACAAGAUCGUGACACGCGGUUCGAUAGUAGUCCAAUGCCUGAAGGGGGUCUACAGGCUGCUGCUGCUAUCCACCCACAGCACUCUCGUACCGAUUCUUCUACCUCCAGUAAUGACCACCGACCAUUACCCCCUCUCCCCGGAAUGGGCCAUGCUCGAUCUCAGUCCGCGUCUUCUAAUGGACUGUCCGCUACGGCAGAACGUAUGCUAGGCUCUCCUCGAAGUCUUCCUUCGCCGCCUCCAGCUUCAGUAAGCAAGUCGGAGAUUCACAACAUCGGCAAUGGUAGCAUGUCUUUGGAGGAACGUCUGAAGCUAAUGAUGCUUUCGGAUGAGACAAGCCCCAAAGCGGCUGACAGCUCUGCAAAGACCUUCGCAGAACAACAACGGGAGCGUCGGAUGCGGCGAGCUGGUGCUCGCGAUAGAGUCAUGAGCCCUACUCCGGAGCGCGAGGACACUGAAGUCGCGGCCAAUGAAGAAGAUGAGACCGUUGGCGACAUAUCGGGACUUGACAUUGAUUUUCAACUUCCCAGCAUCUCUCGUCAAUCUAUCCUGCGACGUGUUAAUGGCAACCGGGCGCUUGAACGAGACUCUGACUUCGUCUUCAAUAGCUCGGUAGGCCCAGACACGAGUCUGGCGCGCGGUACUCCUUAUGACCCUGAUGUCCCUAUCGCUAGUAUCGAGGACUCGGUUCUUGACGAUAUCGCGGAGCAAAAUGAAGACAGUGUUAUCAUCCACGAGAGCGAGGAUGACAAGGCUGACGUCUAUGAUCUUUAUCAGAGAUCCGAGGACGAAGAUUCCGGGUCGCAGAAAGAUGGCCACGAUGAUGACACAGAUAGUCAUUACUCGGAUGAAGCCAAGAACCCUCAAUCUGACGACACACAACCUGAAGAGUCGGUUACGACUCCUCGAGCAGCGAGUCCUACAGCUGAAGAAGCUAUCACAAAUUUUAGUGCCACUCUUCCCCAAGUGAACUGUCCGUCUAAGGACGCGGAAUUUACUCGAAGUCUGCAGUCCCACAUGCUUCCCAAGGCUAGGGAUUCGGGCGCACUCACCUACUCAGAGAGUCAUAAGAUGUCCGACGCGCAAGCUUACUUGCAGCGCCCGUACACUCCAGAAAAGGCGAUGAAGAAGAAGAAGAAGCCUUUGUCGAAGCCAGAGUAUGAUGGCUCCGGAUGGGGCGAUCCGGAAGAAGAAGAAGAUGAGGAAGAAGAGUACGAGGAAGAGGAGGAAGAGGAGCCUGGUACUCCAGAAUCUGUUAUUCAUCAUCCUGUCUCUGAUGAUUCAGAGGAAGAUGAAGAAGAUGAAGACGAUGAAGAUGAGGAUGAAGAUGAAGAGGAUGGUGUUGAUGAUGAUGAUAACGACGAUGAGGAAGUUGAUGACAACAAUAAGGAGAUUCCAGUGGUGAAAACAGAAGAGGUGGAAGAACCAUUUCUUGAAUCACCAGCAAUCCCAGAACGAGAAGCAACUAUCAAGGCUUCUUCUGGCUCUAGACUCAAGACGCGCCCUUCUGCAACUCCGUCUGACCUCGAGGCCAUGCGUGAGGCUCGUAGACAAGUGAGCCGCGAGAUUGCACCUGGUAUCCCACCGAUUCCGGACCGACACCGAAACCGUCUAUCUCGUGAUCUAGCGUCCAGUAGCCUGGAGGUUCCUACAGGUGACGAUUUCCUAGAGCGUCACCCCAGCUUUAAGAAGAGCAGUCUUACUUUGGAUCUCGACCUCGGUCUCAGUCUAGAUCAGGAUUUCCAGCGGGUCAUUGAGGCACAAAAGGUUAAAAACCAAAACCCUCCCCAUUCUCACAAAUUUCCUACUUCACCAUCAAAGAAAAGAGUUUCCUCUGUCUCCCGAAGAUCUUCCCAUAGAACCAGCUCCUCCAGGCCUUCACUCAAUGCUAACCGUAGACCUUUGAUACAGCGUGGUUAUCUUAUGCGCCAGAACACGAAACUCGUGACCGCCAGCGACAAAGACACCGAAGAAAUUCGAGCAGGCACCCGCUCUGCUGGUAACUCUCCAGUUAAGCAACAGCGCCCUCAGUCCUGGACUGUUGAACCUUGGAACGGUAAGCACAGGAAAAGUGUUCGAAAGCGCCACGGACCAAGCAUAGGAACAGCAGUGCCACCUGUACCAGGACACGAAAGCAACGCCACCACAGCAAUGAGUUCGCUCCCUGAAGAAGACUCCUCGGACCUAGCCACCGAAGAAUGUGGCGAGAGAGGUAGGUUGUUUAUCAAGGUGAUGGGUGUGAAAGAUCUCGAUCUUCCCCUACCUAAGAAUGAACGAGUGUGGUUCAGCCUCACCCUUGACAAUGGCGUACAUUGUGUUACCACAUCCUGGCUUGAGUUAGCUCGCAACGCACCAAUCGGCCAGGAGUUUGAGUUGGUGGUUCCUCGUGAGUUGGAAUUCCAACUCACUCUUAACGUGAAGCUCGAUAAGCCGGCACCUCAACGUGCGGUUGUCUCAACACCUAAGGCUUCGAAGCCUAAGUCAUCUCCCUUCUCUCGCGUUUUUGCUAGCCCAAAGAAGCGAAAGGAGAUGGAGGCUCGUCAACGUGCGGAGGAAGAAGCCUAUGCCCUGGCUCAGCGAGAGGCCGCCGCUAAGCAGAUGAGUGCUGCCUCCUCAGCUUGGGAUCUGCUUUCCCCCCUUGCCGCGGAGAACGGAACCUUCGCACGCUCCUACGUCUGUCUCAAGGAGCACGAGUCCCGUUGCUAUGGACGGCCCUAUAUGGUAGAGGUCGCCGCAUUCAACGAAUGGGCUACUGAAGAGGCUGCUUUUGCUAGCAGUGUCAAGAGCAAGCGCGCUGGAGUUCCCAGCAACGCUGUAGUUCGCCGAGCGCCUUACAAGAUCGGCAAGCUCGAGGUACAGCUGCUUUUCGUGCCGCGACCCAAGGGUUGUACAGAUGAUGAUAUGCCCAAGAGCAUGGGAAUGUGCAUCCGCGAGCUCAAGGCUGCCGAAGAGCGACUGAGCAAGAACUGGGAGGGUCAUCUAAGUCAGCAAGGAGGCGACUGCCCUUACUGGCGUCGUCGUUACUUCAAGCUAGUUGGCACAAGACUGACUGCUUACCAUGAGACGACACGCCAACCGCGUGCUACCAUUAACUUAGCAAACGCUAAACGACUUAUCGAUGACCGACGAACCCUCACUGAUCCCGAGACCACGGGUCGCGGUGGCAAGAGACGCCGCUCUGCUUUUGCAGAAGAGGAAGAAGGCUACAUGUUCGUCGAAGAGGGAUUCCGUAUUCGAUUCAAUAACGGCGAGAUCAUCGACUUCUACGCCGACACUGCUGAGGACAAGCAGGGUUGGAUGAGAGCCUUAGGCGAUGUCAUCGGCCGAUCCGGUGGUGUCGAUGAGAGUGGCAAUGCCACCGGCCGCCGCAAGUGGUGCGAGCUCGUCCUUAAGAGGGAAGACAUGCUCCGAAAGCGCGCCGAGUCCAGACGAGUUCAUUCAAGAACUAAGAGUAUGAUCGUCUAA